GAGGAGACAAAGGAAUUUCAGAUCGGGGGUCGGCAGGUGGAAGGUUCGUACUCGGGGGAGAGCAAAAUUCUACCGUGGCUUCUCUCCAACAGCCAUUCCAGUCCAGUCCAGGCUCAUAACAACAACAAGUGAGCGAGGGAGCAACAUUUACCGGCUUUUAAUUUUUGUUCAGUUUUUGUGUUCCUUGAAUCUUAAAAUUUUUGUCCAAAAAGCGACCCCGAUAAGAAGUCAUUAUGAUGAAUCCCUUCGUUACUGGAGAUGGACAGGCGCAAGGCCAACAGACGCAGCAGGCGACAGCCCCAAAAGUAGUUUUGCGGCCACCAAGGCUGCAGAUUGGAGGUCCGGGGUAUGGCAUCCCUGUGAUGCCUGAACCAUGUAUGACGGUCAAGCCGGAGGCCCUUCUGCUUGGAGCAGCUCCAAGUGCCGCGGGUAGAUUAAUCCGAACUGGCGUGAGGAGGCCAGUAGGAAAUGGAUUUCAAAGAGGGCGAUUGAACAUGUUUUCCAGUGGGAAUAGACUUAUACGAGCCGAAGGUAGACGAUCAUUAACAAUUGGAAUGCAAAACGGAGAGGCGCAUGGUAGAUUCGCCGGUGUUGGAAGGGUGAUUAGAGCCGGAGGACGGCGUUCAAUUGGACAUGGAGUCCCAAGGGGAUCCACCAGGACUCGUUCGAGAAAGCAAGAAAACGCGCAAAGAUGGGGUCGUGGAUCAGAACCAACACGAGAACAGUUGGAUAAAGAACUGGACGAGUAUGCCGCCGCGAGGAAUCGUCUUAGCUUAGAAGCCCUAGACGCAGAACUGGACCGAUACCAAGCCGUGACUACGGCUAUCAAUCGUCGAUCGGCUGCCGAAUCGGAGGCCAAGGACAUGGAUGUUGAUACCGUUUAGAGGAGGGCCCUUUCAAGUUGUUUUUUUAAAAAUAAUACAUACACAAUGACGCCUUUAACUUAAUGAACAAUAAUUUGAAAUUAGAAACUAUUUUAUGUAUGUUUUUUAUUUCUCUUACCAAUAAUACAAUGUUGAUAAGAAGGAUAAUGAUGAUUAGAAAUCUCUCGUGAAUCCUGAAGUUAAAAA